AUGCUUUCCCUCAAUCGCGACGGGAGUGCCUACUACAUUUACAAAUCAAUCGAUUUUACCUAUCCAGCGCAACACCAGCAAGGCUUUGUCGGCGCGCGCCCCUUCUUCACCUUGGGAAACUACACCUAUCGAAGUCCGUUUAUUCCCUCCUCCUACAAUAAUUGGGGAAUGACCCUCGACGGGAAUUAUGUGAACGGCAAUGUGCUGAAUCCCAUGUUGCAGGGGAUUAUGAACCAGCAAGCCGCGGGAAUCGACGAUUACGCCUAUUCCUACGCUGUCGCGAUGUGUUUGAUGCCCACCGAAUUCUGCGUUUCCCCGCGGAACGUCGGUCUCGAGCGUAGUUCCAUGGAAUGUUCUUCCACGAAGUGGUUUCCCUCCAAGUCUCCUUCGACGUGCUGGCCUGCGGAGACAACUCGAAACUCCAGUUUCGCUGUUAUUUCGGGGAAACCGGCGACCUCAAUCAGACUGGGAGUUUCCUCGAGUGCUGGAAGCCGGUUUUGCUCUCCCAGAACGAAACGCUUCAGUUACGAAUCGCGUCCGAUUUUUGGAAUUAUAGUAAUCGCCAGGUUUUCUUCGACUUCCUUCGAAUCCUGGCAAAUCAUCGAAACUGAAACGCCCCUGAUUCUCCAUACCUCCGUUUCCACGGUUUCUCCAUCCUGCAGUGACGAGCCCGGCCAAGUCUGCGGUCCCUGCGGCAAAUGUGGAAACGGGGAAACCGAGACGGAGUGCAUCGGCGACGACGGAAUUCUCUACGGUUCCGACGCGUCGGACUGUCCCGCGGGACAAGUGUUGGACCGCGCCGAAUCCUGCUGUUCGAUCGAAUUCCUCGACUGUUUCGGCUACUGCCACGGCACCUCCAUCCCCGCGGUUUCCUCGCCCCCGUGGCAAGUCUGCUGCGCGAUCGACCACGUGGACUGCGCGGGCGUGUGCGACGGAACCGCGGUUAUCGACGACUGCGGCGUGUGCAGCGGCGGGUUUUCGGGGCAUCCAAUGAACGGCGAUAUGGAUUGCGCGGGAAUCUGCUUCGGGAAUUUUACCGGCCCCUGCGUCAUCGAGCUCCAAUCAAAUCGCUCGGAUUUCAACGUCGAGUUUUCCCUCACCAACGCUUCCACGGUUUCCACGAUCACCACGAUGGAGGUGCAGAACAUGCGGGAAACCGCGGCACAGUUGGACGAAUUGGCGGGAAUAGACAAUUCCCUCUAUCCAAUCAGUGAGUAUUCUUUUUUCCUGAUGGAGAACGACACCUGGUUCCCCGUUUCCCCAUAUUCUGUCGUGCUGAUGGGAUUCGAAACGCUCCGAAUUCGAUUCGAAAGCCGAAUCACCGCGAUUCUGACAAGACCGAACUCGCUAUCGUCUUCCCUCAAACUUCGCAACUUUUCGUUUGUGUUCCGAUCGAUGCAGCCUGACGAAAAUGGGACCUAUUUCUACCAGACCGUGGGCGUUUCGCUGCGCUAUCACGUGAACGACUGCUAUUUGGCCACCAACACGCGCACUUGUUCGCUUCUCCCGGGCUGCUUCGCCUGUCUCUUCGCCACAGAUGACAACCAGCAUGUCAACUACCUCGGCCGCUUGUUCUCUGUCCCGCGGGAACCCUACACGCCGUCCAGCGAAACGGUCGAUGAAACGCCUUUCGUGUAUGUGUACGGAAAUCCGUCGUAUUAUUUGACGUGUGCGCAGAACGAAGAGGAGGAGGACGUUUGUGAGGGAAUUGUGGCAGAAAUCGAGGCGAAUUCGGUGGUGCUGGAGUUUCGUUCGGUGUCGGAAUUGCUGAGGAGCGCGAGUGUGAUCGUGGAGGAGGUGUUAAUCGCGGUUAUGGUGGCGUGGAAAUGUGGAAACUGUACAAGGAGGAUCAGCGGGAAUACCGCGAAGUGA